CAAAAAAAAACAAACAAAAAUAAUAAUAAAAAAAAUUGAUAAAGAUAUUUGUUUUGGGCCAUCACCAGAAAAAUCUCACCCUUACACAUUUACAUCUCUCUAUUCUUCUUCUUCUUCAGCUCAUAGUAGCUUAAAGCUUUGAUCUUUUCCCAGCACAUUGGAAAAUCAAAGCUAAAGCUAAAACCUUUCAUUUCAUUACAAUCCAUGGCUACUUCCAACCUUAUCUCACCUUUAUCAAAAAUAAACCCUUUAAACCUUUCAACCAAACCUCAUAACUCUUCAACCUUCUUCUUCACCCAAAAGACUCCACCUUUACUCACUCUAACCAAAAUUAACCACAAAUCAACAAACCCCAGAAGAGUUUUCACCAUUCAAUGUAAGGAAAGCAACUCAGUUGAUGCACCAGAUAGACUCAUCUCAGCAAUUUGUUACUUUUACCCUUUCUUUGAUGGUGUACAAUAUGGGAAAUAUGUUAUAACCCAAUUCAGUCCUAUUCAGACACUCCUUCAGCCAUUGAUACCAGCUAUAAAGGUUUUUAAGAGCUUUCCUUUUAAUGGGUUUUUAGUGUUUUUAACACUCUAUUUUGUUGUGGUAAGGAAUAGGAAUUUCAGUAGGUAUGUGAGGUUUAACACUAUGCAAGCUAUUGUUCUUGAUGUGCUGUUGAUAUUUCCUGAUCUUUUGGAGAGAAGCUUUAAUCCAAAAGAUGGUGUUGGGUUGGAUUUGUUGAUGAGCUUGGAUAGUACUGUUUUUCUCUUCCUUUUGGUGUGUUUGGUUUAUGGAUCUUCUUCUUGCAUUUUGGGACAGUUGCCUAGGUUGCCAAUUGUUGCUGAAGCUGCUGAAAGGCAAGUUCUUUAAACUUCUUCUUUUAUAGCUUUUUGUUGUUAGAGACAAUUGUAAUAUGUUUUGGAUGGAAAAUUUGAACUUGUGCUUAGUUUGUUAAAGGGAGAAACUUUUGUAACAGAUGAUGAUUGAUUUUGUAUUAUUUGGUUCUAAACUGAUUAAAUGAUAUAGAAAAGAAAGUGGAAAUUUACUUA